CUUGACAAUCAAAUGCUAGGCCUUCAUUCUUGCGUAGGACAAGCCGAAUUCGCUCAAAACAAUUCAGCAGAGUCUUCUUCCUUGCUAACAGCUCAAAGACACAACCCUUUAUUUCCACCUCAAGAUGCAACAAGUUCUCCAGCCUCCAGCGUAUCCUUUCAUGAAUCCACCGAUUUCCCACUUGAUUCAUCUUCUAUACACCCAGAUUUGGGUACCCAAAUUAACCGAUCUGUAUCAAUCAUACAAGUUCAGCCUGGGUCGAAGUCCCUUAUCAAUGCAUCAGACGCAACCUCUCCAGAUUGCUUAUUAAGACCACAUAGUGCAGAUCUCUCUGUCGCUCGUGCUCAUUGUUCUGUCCAAGUUGCCUCGCCCCUACAGACUGCUAUUAGUCGGUUUGAUCGUUCCGAAACGACAUCUGCUAGUCGUCAAUCCUCUCCCGGUCUUGUUGGGCAUCGUAACGAUUCAAUUGAAACUCUGAUGCUGCCUCUCUUUGCCUUCGGAAGGAUCGCAUCAGAUUUGAGAAGUCUCAUUAAUCGAUAUGUUCAAUCAGAAUCUGUGCUUUAUUGUCUUGAGAUAGCCGGGUUCACUACUGCACCAGUCAUUGCAUGUUUAGCAGAUGACGCUGAAAUUCGCGAACUAGAAUCCUUCAUUCAGCACGCUGGUCAAAUUAUCUCAAAUCCAUCAAUCCGGUUAGCUCUACUCGGUCCAGUUUACGCAAUGCAUCCUGCAAAAUUUCGCCUUCCUUUUGGUGCUAUUUGUGGUCUUAGACUCGCCUUAAAGGAGCUGGCUUCCAGUUCGCUACCUGGUGUCACAUAUUCUAUGCACGGCCUGACGACCCCCAAGCCUUCACAUCAGUCUAAUCUAGGCCCUGCCGACUUUAGCCGAUUAAUCAGUUUUGGAGGUCGUCUAGAUGAUUCAGGAAGUCAUGCAGCUUAUGGUAAUGGCAAUGGUAGCAAUACUAGUUCCAGCUCAACCUCCAAUGCUCUUCUUCCUUCGGGUCAUCUCCCGCCACCGCUUGGCUCCAACCGGUUAGCAGCAGCUGCUGCUGCUGCCGCCCUCCUUCCAGGAAUGACGAGUUCACUUAUUCGAGGCCAAGUGGCCGUGGCUGCAGCGGCUGCUGCUGCGGCCAGAUCACUCGUACCUCCGACAACGCCUUCCUCUACCUCCGCAUCUUCUCCGCCUGUCUCAGCAGCCGCGGGCGGGACCACUAGAACAGGUGGAGAUAGUCUUGAUGCCUCACAUCUUCAUCAGCUAUUCGAGGCUGCGGUAACAGGAGUAACAUCCGCUGGCUGUUCUGGGACAACAGACAGCGAUAAUCUAUCUUCAAGUAGCUCUCUUCAUCAUUCUUCAUCUCUACCUCUUUUCCCUUUUCUUUCAAGCAGUCAGCCAAACGGAGCCCAAGCUUUCCAUUCGCCGGAUUUUCAAGUCAAUAGACUCGAUGACUUUGGAAGAUUCAACUUAGAACGUCUUAAGCAGCACUCAGUAGUACGUGUAUCCCGCAUUGCAGCCCGUCACUUUGCCAACGCGCCUCAUCUAGUGCAGGGCCGUGACUUUGAUGUCGAAAUGGAAGUAUCCCUUACAUCCGAGGGUUUCCAGCGUGUCACUGGUCUCUUCUAUUGUCAGCUAUGUCGAGCCAAGAGAGAUAGGGCUGCAGCCGUCCGAUUUUCCGUGGCUCGAAACCGUACACCAGUCAUGAGCAAUGUCAUUUCUCACCUCAAAAUUCACUUUCAAUAUCUUGGGCAGCAGUCACUUGUCAGUAGCCCACAUCUUAUUUCCCCUCAUUUAUCACAAUUACACACACUCCUGCCGUCACCCUCCAACUCUCUCCCUCUCGUGAAUUUUUGCUCGUCUGUCAUGCCAGACCAAGGCCAAGCCAUGUCAGCCAAGCUAGAGGCCUAUUCUGAUCCUGAUCGGAGGGUCGGUUUUCCUUUACUCCCUUCUGCUUCCUCUCAACAUUCAUCACUUGCUUUCUCUCAGCCUGCUUCUGCCGCUACGGACUAG